UAGGACAUAACACAGCAUUCAAUAGUUGCGGCAAAUCAACUGGUACUAGUAAGAGCAUUUCUGACAAUUUGGACAGCCUCCAUACUUGGAAUUUAUCCAAGUAAUUUCAUUCUUAUAUAUCCUCUUCAUUGUAUUCGUCUGGGUUCUUACUUGUUCCUCCUGGCCUGCGCUGCUAUAAGAAGUUGUUUGGACUCUUUCCUUUUAGAUUCCUCCCUCGCAAUAAUCAAAAAGAGAAAGAAAAGAAAGAAGAGAGAUCUGAUCUUAUCUCAUCUCAUCUGAAAAUGGGGGAGACAUGGGUGUUGAUGAAAACGGCACAGACGCCCACCAACAUAGCGGUUAUAAAGUACUGGGGGAAGAGGGACGAGUCCCUUAUUUUGCCCGUCAAUGACAGCAUCAGCGUUACUCUUGAUCCUGCCCAUCUCUGCACCACCACCACCGUCGCGGUCAGCCCUGCCUUCCAACAAGAUCGCAUGUGGCUAAAUGGCAAGGAAAUAUCCCUCUCCGGAGGAAGGUUCCAGAGUUGUUUAAGGGAAAUCCGAAGACGCGCUAGCGAGGUUGAGGAUAAAGAGAAGGGAGUAAAGAUAGAGAAGAAGGAUUGGGAGAAGCUGCACGUACAUAUUGCCUCUUACAACAAUUUCCCUACAGCCGCCGGAUUGGCUUCCUCUGCUGCUGGUUUUGCUUGUCUUGUUUUCGCACUUGCCAAGCUGAUGAAUGUCAAAGAAGAUGAGAGUCAACUCUCUGCUAUAGCAAGGCAAGGUUCAGGCAGUGCUUGUCGGAGUUUAUUUGGUGGAUUUGUUAAGUGGAUUAUGGGAAAAGAGGAGGAUGGAAGUGACAGUGUCGCAGUUCAACUAGUUGAUGAGAAACACUGGGAUGAUCUUUUCAUUGUUAUUGCCGUGGUAAGUUCACGGCAGAAGGAAACAAGUAGCACCUCAGGAAUGCGUGAGAGUGUUGAAACAAGUUUGCUUUUACAGCAUAGGGCAAAGGAAGUUGUGCCGAAACGCAUAUUAAAGAUGGAAGAAGCCAUAAAGAAUCAUAGUUUUGAAUCUUUUGCACAAUUGACUUGUGCUGAUAGUAACCAGUUCCAUGCAGUCUGCUUGGAUACAUGUCCCCCCAUAUUCUACAUGAAUGAUACAUCCCACAGGAUAAUUAGCUAUGUUGAGAAGUGGAACCGUUCUGAAGGAUCCCCUCAGGUGGCAUAUACAUUUGAUGCUGGGCCGAAUGCAGUUUUAAUUGCACGAAAUAGAAAGGCUGCUGCUCAAUUGCUUCAGCGGCUGCUAUUCUACUUUCCUCCAAAGUCUGAUAUUGAUCUGGACAGCUAUGUUAUUGGAGAUAAGUCAAUACUACAAGAUGCUGGACUUGAGGGGUUGAAGGAUGUGGAAGCUUUAUCUCCACCUCCUGAAAUUAAGGAAAAUGCUGCAGCCCAGAAAUACCCUGGGGAAGUCUCUUAUUUCAUCUGUACAAGACCUGGGAGAGGCCCUGUUCUGCUGACAAAUGAGAACCUCGCUCUUCUCAACCCAGAAACCGGACUUCCCAAGUAAUUUUAAGUGCCUUGCUUCUCUCCACUUGAUACCUUUUCUUCUAAAGAGAGUUGAAUGUCUGAGAGCUGUAAAAUGUCAAUUAGGUUGUCCCUGCAGCUUGUUUUCCUUUUAUUAUGUAUUUGUUUUUCCUUUUUUUCGGUUUUUGCCAUCGACUCCAACUGGGGAUUGUCCCCAUCUUCAUUGAAACAAUAAUGAAUAAUUGGUUCACAGUGUUCAACUGAACCUCAAGUAUUUCUUGUAAUUUCUAGUUGUAGUGCAAAAAUCCAUUUUUCUGCA